AUGGUCUCAGCAACCGGCGAAGAGCGCGCUGUUCACCUGGCACGGGAGGCUGUCGAGUUGGUCGACGCUGGUCACCGAGAGGCGGCAUCACGGAAUUUACGCGAAGCACUCUCGAUCGCCCCCGAGAAUCCCGAUGUGAAAGCGGCUUUCCUCAAAAUUCAACAGGAGGAAGAGAAUGACCACCAACUACUAGAUCUCUGUCGACGUUACACCGUCCAUCAGGAUGAGUCCGCCGGGAAGGAAGCUGCAGCUUACCUGCGCACGGAUGGCUUGAAGCCACCGGAGACUAUUGCAUUGGAAUCACUGAAACUUCUACUCGGUCAACGGGCUCAUGCUCUCUCCGAACUUCAGGACGAAAUUAUCUCCGGACUCGUUCGCCAGAAUACCAGUGUUCGCCAGCACUUUUCGAAUCAACUACAAAUUUCCGUAACGACUUUUUUCGAUGAAAUUUACGACCGAGGUGAUGGAGCGGCGGUGUGUCUGGACACAGUGGUCUUGGACCCUAGCGUUUGGCCUUCGGAGGAUACAAGAGCACAUUGCGAGAGUGAACUGUUUCAAUUGUUCCUCGCUAAACUGAUGGAAUCGGGCCACGAUUUAGAUGGUCGAUCCUUGAAAGGAAUUGCUAGGCUACUUGCAGUUGAUGGCGAGAGUCUUAAACAUCUAGUCGACGAUGAAGGGUUCGAAGUCAUUCUGACCUCCCUCGAUAACCGGCUACCCUUGGAACUUCGCAGCCAGGCUACAUUGGCCACAGCGAAAUAUCUUGAAGUUGCAGGCGAGAAGGGCGAGAAACAAUUCUCGAAGCUAAUCGCCGCUAUGAUUGGCAAAGGACGCUUGGAUGACUACGUCGUUGCUUUCUCCGCUGUGUCAGCUGUUUUCCCUGUCGUGCCUACGGCUGCAGCCAAUGUCUUCUUGUCCGAGGAAUUCAUGGACGCGGUGACACCGUUAGCAACUCGUGAUGCGAAGCGCAAGAGGGUGGAGGUCUCUGUGCUUGAACUGUUGAACGCUGCGUGCAUCAGUCGCCCUUGCCGUGAAGCUGUAUCUAAGAAAUUCUCCGAAUGGUUAUCUCACACCCUCACGAAUGGAAGCGAUGAGGGAUCCGAAUUGGCGGCAGUGAUCCUUGCGAAGAUUGGAGCAUCGGAAGCAAUUCAGCCUUCUGCCGAGAACGGUAAGGCCCAGGUCGAAGAUGAUGGUGUGUCUGACCUAGUACAACGGUUCAAAGGACUGAUGUCAGGAAAUAAGACUGCGAACAUUUCUCACGCCAUUGAGGGCUUGGCUUACUCGUCUGUCAAGCCGUCCGUCAAGGAGCAAUUAGCCCAAGACCCUUCGUUUUUGCGCGACCUGAUCAGCGCAUUGAAAAAGCACACAACCGACUCCUCCGUUCUCUAUGGUGGCUUGAUGGUCAUUUUAAACAUCACUAAAUUCCUCCCCAACUUGUCGGAGGAGCAAAAGAAGAUGUCCCAACUGAAAGAUUAUGCCGACGCGUCUACUGGUAAGGCUCGAGCUCCCCCUGAUUCUCGCGAGGAAGAAGAUGCCGUGCUUGCUCGCUGCGGUGCCGUUAUCGAUGCAGGCGCCAUGAGCCUGUUGGUGGAAUGUGGCCGGCUUGCCAUGCUUUCAAUCCAUGGUCUCACUGCUCAGAUCUUACUCUCCCUAGCCCGGCGCCAAAAGUCACGCGGUAUCAUGGCCCAGCAAGGUGCGGUCAAACUAUUACUUGGCAUGUCUAUUCCAAAGCAGGGCAAUUCAAUCGUGGUCACUGAGACAACACACAACGCCUCCCAUGCUUUGGCCCGAAUUCUUGUCUCAGUCGAUCCUUCACACGUAUUCCCGUCUUCCGGAUUUCCCCAAGUCACAUCUGCUGUGCGCCCAUUGUUAUCUCUUCUUACUUCACCUGAGACCGCCUCUUUCUCUUCAGACCAGCCCCGUGACCUGCUCGCAGUGUUUGAAAGUUUGCUCGCCCUGACCAAUCUUGCCUCCUAUCCUCACGAUGAGACACCGGCCGAGCUAACUGUACGAGAGGGCUGGACAGCUAUAGAGGACCUCCUCUUAUCCAGCAAUCCACGUGUGCAGCGGGCUGUGUGCGAAUUAGUAUGCAAUUUGAUGACCUGCGAGUCCGGAGUUGUCAAAUUUGCAGACGGAUCCAAACGCGCUGGUCAGCGAUUGCACAUUCUUCUUGCUCUGACUGAUGUGGAUGACAUUGCGACUCGUCGUGCAGCUGGUGGAGCGAUCGCCAUGCUGACGGAGUACGAUGCUGCCAUUGCAGCGGUGUUGGACCGUCCGCGAGGAGUGGCUUUGCUCUUGGGAUUAUGCCAAGAGGGUGAUGAUGCUCUUCUCCACCGGGGAGCGGUGUGUUUGCGCAACCUAAGCUGCGCAUCUGGUGACAUCGGGUCGCGCGCCAAGGAAGCCGUCCGUACCGCGGGUGGUAUCGAAAUCUUGACCGCUUGUAUUAAGAAAACAUCCAACCCGGCGGUGUUACAGUCCGCAGUGGAGGCAUUGAAAUCGCUGGUUGAGCACCAGUAA